AUGGCGUACCUUUCAGAGGCCACAUCAAUGGUAGAACAGACGAUCUCCCAGAUCAGAACUGUAUUUGCUUUUGUUGGAGAAAAUUUAUCAAUCAAAUCCUUCUCAGACUGCAUAGAAAGACAAAUGAGGAUAAGCAAGAAAGAAGCAUUUAUAAAAGGUCUCGGAACAGGCAUGUUACAGACUAUAACUUUCGGUUCGUGGGCUCUUAUUGUGUGGGUGGGAGCUGUUGUUGUAGCAGCCAAGAGAUCAAGUGGAGGAGAUGUCAUAGCUGCAGUUAUGAGUAUUCUGUUUGGAGCAAUAUCACUUACGUAUGCUGCACCAGAUAUACAAAUCUUCAAUCAAGCAAAAGCAGCAGGAAAGGAAGUUUUCCAGAUGAUCGACAGAAAACCCACAAUAAAUGCUGACUCCGGAAGGAUGACAUUAGAAGUAAUAAAUGGCAAUAUCAAGAUACAGGAUGUAUACUUUGCUUAUCCAUCACGGCAGGAGAAGUUAGUUCUUCAAGGGUUCUCUUUGUCAAUUCCAGCAGGAAAGGUAGUGGCACUUGUUGGAAGUAGCGGGUGUGGUAAAAGCACCAUCAUGUCACUACUAAUGAGAUUUUAUGAUCCCCUGAGAGGUGAGAUUCUCCUUGACAACCACAACAUCAAGGAUCUUGAUUUGAAGUUUCUUAGGAGAAACAUAGGAGUAGUUUCCCAGGAGCCAUCCCUAUUCGCUGGCAGCAUUAAAGACAACAUUAAGAUGGGAAACAUUGACGCAAAUAAUCAACAGAUUGAGAGAGCCGCCUUGUUGGCAAAUGCACAUUCUUUCAUAUCCCAGCUACCGGAUCAAUAUAUAACAGAGGUAGGGCAAAGGGGUCUCCAACUAUCCGGUGGACAGAAACAGAGAAUUGCAAUUGCAAGAGCAAUACUAAAAAACCCUCCUAUUCUUUUGCUUGAUGAGGCCACCAGUGCACUUGACACAGAGUCAGAGAAGCAAGUCCAAGAAGCACUCGAGACAGCAGCACAAGGCAGAACAGUCAUCUUAAUUGCACACAGAGUGUCGACUAUUGUUAAUGCAGACAUGAUAGCUAUUGUUGAGAAUGGGAAAGUUGUGGAAACGGGAGCACAUAAUAACCUAUUAGAUACCAGUGCAUUCUACAACAGCUUAUUUAGUAUGCAGAGCAUCAGGCAAGAUUGUCAUACCAGGUCAGAUUAAACUCAAUAUCAUAUUCAUCAUUAUAAAUUAGACUGGCUGAUUCAUUCAAAUGAACUACACUUAAUUAACAGGUCGGAGGCUACAAAUAGAAAAGUUCUUUCCAUACAAGAGGAUUCAUCUCAGGACCAUAAGAAACCUGAUGAGCCCAAGGAAAGCAAAAGAGAGCUUAAGGAACUUCCUGAGAAGGAGCACAUCCGAAGAAAUGAAAGACAUAUAUUCUUCAGAAUCUGGUUUGCCUUGAACGAGAAAGAGAUCAUAAAGACUACUAUUGGCUCCUUAGCAGCAGCUUUUGCAGGCAUCUCUAAACCCGUUUUUGGGUUCUUCAUCAUUACAAUAGGAGUGGCAUAUUACCAUCCUGAUUCAGAGGAGAAAGUAGCUGUGUAUUCAGCAAUAUUUGCUUCAAUCGGAGUGAUGUCUUUGUUUGCUCACACUUUGCAGCAUUACUUAUUUGGAGUAGUUGGAGAAAAGGCCAUGACAAAUCUAAGGCGAGCUUUGUACACAGCCACACUACGAAAUGAAUUAGCUUGGUUUGAGAAGCCCAAAAAUAGUAUUGGAUCACUUACAUCAAGGAUAGCCAGUGACACAUCCACAGUCAAGAUCAUAAUAUCCGACCGCAUGUCUGUCAUUGUCCAGUGCAUUUCGUCCAUAGUGAUUGCAACAACUGUCAGCAUGAUAGUUAAUUGGAGAAUGGGUCUGGUAGCCUGGGCUGUGAUGCCAUGCCACUUCAUAGGUGGCCUCAUUCAAGCAAAGUCGGCUAAAGGAUUUUCUGGUGAUAGUAGUCUAGCACACUCGGAACUUGUUGCCCUAGCUUCUGAAUCUGCAACUAAUAUAAAGACUGUUGCAUCUUUUUGCCACGAAGAACAGAUAGUUGAGAAGGCCAAACUGUCCUUACGGAGACCACUUAGGAAAGGGAGGUCAGAAAGCAUCAAAUUUGGAAUUAUUCAAGGCAUCUCUCUCUGCUUAUGGAACAUAGCUCAUGCAGUUGCCUUAUGGUACACAACAAUCCUUGUUGACAGGAAUCAAGCCAGCUUUGAGAAUGGGAUAAGGGCAUACCAGAUAUUUUCCCUCACUGUACCCUCAAUUACAGAACUAUGGACACUGAUACCCACUGUACUAUCAGCCAUAGAUUUACUAAAACCUGUAUUCCAAAUCCUCGACCGGAGCACAGAAAUUGUACCAGACAUACCAGAUAGUUCAGAACCCGAAAGCAUCAAAGGAGAAAUUGAGUUCCUCAAUGUCCAGUUUUGUUACCCAUCAAGACCAGAAGUAACAGUUCUCAACAAUUUCAGUCUACAAAUUGAAGUCGGAUUAAAGGUGGCACUUGUUGGGCAAAGUGGAGCUGGAAAAUCUUCAAUUGUGGCAUUGUUACUGAGAUUCUAUGAUACCAAUGAAGGAAAAGUUCUGAUUGAUGGCAAGGAUAUAAGAGAUUACAAUCUUAGAAAGUUAAGGGCACAGAUUGGAUUGGUACAACAGGAGCCACUCCUGUUUAGCUGCUCAAUUAGAGAAAAUAUAUGCUACGGGAGUGAAAGAGCAUCAGAAGCUGAGCUAGUGGAAGUAUCAAGGUCAGCAAACAUACAUGAUUUUAUAAGUAACUUGCCUGACGGAUAUGACACACUUGUUGGGGAUAAGGGUUCUCAACUUUCCGGAGGACAAAAACAACGAGUAGCAAUAGCAAGAGCCUUACUCAAAAAGCCAAGAAUAAUGCUGUUAGAUGAAGCAACAAGUGCCUUAGAUAUCGAGUCUGAAAGGGCAGUUGUGAGUGCACUGGAAUCAAUGAAACUAAACAGCUCUGGAGACACAAAAAUGACGCAGAUCACAGUAGCACACAGGCUUUCCACAGUAAUAAAUGCAGAUACUAUAGUUGUUAUGAACCAGGGUAAGAUUGUGGAAAAGGGUAGCCACUCAAACCUGAUGGCAGAACCAGAUGGUGUUUAUUCAAGAUUUGUUAGGCUCCAAAGUACGGAGAACAAAGAUUGAUGCACGCUGAUAAUUGCAUAAAAGGUAAGAGUUAGGGUUCACCACUAUAACUUGUUAGUGAUACACUGUUGCAUUUGGUGAAGAUAAAUGUACCAGAUAGGGCAGGAA